UUUUGGAAAACAAAACACUGCAGAUGUCAACAGCGGAGUUGGACCCUUUUUUGUGAAGUUCUGAGAUUAAGCUUGAGAAGCAGGAGAGAUGUCAUCAAUGGAAAAUUCUCCAAGCAAGCAAUGGACCAAACCCUCGCACAUCAUGAAGGUCCGGUUGAAAAGAAAUCGCCGUAGCACCAGCGACCUGACCUCAAAGUCCUUCACAUCGACCCAAUCGCAGGUCAACUCUGGGUCACAAUCAACCGGAAAUGGCCGGAGUGGGAAGAGGCGUAAUCCAUUCGGUAGCGGGGGUGGGGAUAAUGUGAUGAGGAGAAGAAUUCAAAGUGAAGUUGUAGGAGGCGAGAGACAGCAUGUUAAGAAGGAGAACGGGAGUAACCAUCGAAAGCUAUUCACUGCACUUGACUCCCAGCAAGAUGAGGUAUUUGAUGUAGAGGCUUGCCAAAGACUGACCAAGGCUAUGAAAGCUAUGGAGGCAGAGGAGGAGGAAAAGACUGCAUCAACAUCUACAAAAGAGCAGAUUGAGCAAGUCAGUAGUAAACCACUUGCUAGAGGUAAACCUGACCUGACACCUGACUGGUGUCUCAGAACGCAUCUUCGCUUUACAUCACACAGCUCAUUCAGUCCACUAUGUUACCCAUCACUCUCAUUGUCUCCAUAUUUCAGCAGACUGAGCAAACCUGACACCAGACUGGUGUCUCAGAACACGUCUUCGCUUUACAUCACACAGCUCAUUCAGUCCACUAUGUUACCCAUCACUCUCAUUGUCUCCAUAUUUCAGCAGACUGAGCAAGUCAGAAGUAAACCACUUGCUAGAGGUAAACCUGACCUGACACCAGACUGGUGUCUCAGAACACGUCUUCGCUUCACAUCACACAGCUCAUUCAGUUGGUGCCAGCCGAUCCGGAUGAAGGAGGAAGCCAAAGGACUAUGCUCGUUUGUACAAGGUCAGCAUGGUCCUGACACUGAGGAGCAAGAGACUGUUGAGGAGACUAGCUGGAGGAGUGACCUUCAGCAGGCUACAAUGUGCUGGAUGCAUCCUGAUAUACCGUGGCUUAACCUCUUCCCCAGGGUGGUACCAGAACCAAAAAAGUUCAAACAAUCCAUUGCUACCAAGGAUACAACAAUAGCUAGUGCCUUGAUGACAAACUGGUCUGAGAGUUUCCGAUCUGUCUUCCACCUGCUGCGGUCGGGUCACUGCCCUUAUUUCUACCUCUGCACCCAUCACUUCACCGUUCUGUUCAGAGCCGCUGGUAUCGCUGCCACGCCCACUAUGCAUGCCCUCAUGACCCCUACCACCAGAGGGCUCAGAGAGGCACUGAAAACAGAAGGCAUUAGUUACACCAUGCCUUUACAUCAAGAAGCCCCAUCUCCAGUAGAAGCAGAGACAACUACCACAACUGCAGGUCAACAAGAGAAAGCUUCUGAAGAAAGCUGUCCUGAAGGAGAGAUAGAAGAGCAGUCUGAAGUAAACCAAGAAGAUGAUCAGAUAAAGAAAGAGAUCGCAGAGGAAGAGGAGGAAGUGGAAGACAUCCUUCGGAGCCCCACCAAGGCAUCGUCAUGGUUACAGAGCAUGGGUCUUGAUAAAACCAACUUUCCAUCCUUAGAGCCGACCAGAGUCAAAUUCCAAACUGACCAACUACUCAAACUGGACAAUCGGCCUCAAUCCCUGGUGCUAGUAGAAGGUCUGGACACCGCGGCCUUGUAUAACUUCCUACUGAACAGUCGGACGGUGCUGACCAGUGUAGGACCAUUAGCAGACAUACCACCCACCAUCCUCUCUCCUAUAGCAUUCAAGGGUGCUACUCUGAACAGCUGCAAGCUGAAAUCAGGCACUCUGAAGCAACAAUCCAGCAAGUCCUCGCUGGUAGAGGUCAGCAGCUUAGAGGUCACAGGUCCCAUCAUGCCCCACAACGUCCACAGCCUCUGCUCCCUUCUCCGCAGAACACAAGAGGGCGCUUUCCACAUGGCCCUCAGCAAUCACGAAGCAACUGCUCCGUUCACCAGCUGUACCUGCUCCACCAAUGAGAAGUCAGGAGUGAGGGACGCAGGGGACGAGGAGAGAUUGAAAGCGAUGAGAACGAAUUGUGGACUUGCAAAGAGACAGGUGGAAUAUUUGGCGAGCAAGUGUACUGUUAAUUUACCCACCAAGGAAGUGACAUGCACAGAUAGAUUGUUUCUGUAGUUACAUGUAUAAUUAUAUCCUUGGGAAUAAACAAUAGAGGAAUACUGAGUAUAUUUUCAAAGUGUAAUACUGUAGAUAAAUUAAUUUUUGAAAUGAGAGGAACUUUUGUAGUUUGAAACUACCGGUAUCUGAUUGUGACUAUAUAAUGGUUGUCGGUUUGUGUGUUGUGAAACCAGUUUUGUCAUGUCAUGUUUCAUGUUAAAAGGCACCUUUGAGCUCUUAAUGUAUGAGAUCCAAUGUUUAUUUUGUAGUCAGGGCUGUGCACAUGUAUUAAAA